AUGAUCAACAAGAGCUUCCCAGCCGGCUUCAUCCUUCUGGGCUGCUCUGAAAAGCCACAGCUAGAAACCGUUCUCUUCUGGGCUGUGAUCCUCUUGUACACCAUGAUCGUCCUCUCCAAUCUGACCAUCAUCCUUAUCUCCUGUGUGGACCCUCGUCUCUACACCCCCAUGUACUUCUUCCUCAGCAAUCUCUCCUUCCUGGAUCUCUGCUACACCACAGCUGCUGUGCCCCAGAUGUUGUCCAACCUGUGGGGGCCAGACAAGAGCAUCACCUACACAGGCUGUGUCCUCCAAGUCUGUGUGUUGCUCUGUCUUGGGGCCACAGAAGGCGUCAUGCUGGUGGUGAUGGCCUUCGACUGCUAUGUCGCUAUCUGCCGGCCCCUGCACUACACCGUCAUCAUGAACCGUCCGCUGUGCUGGAAGCUGGUGCUCACGGCCUGGCUGUGCGGCCUGAUGGAAUCUGUGACCCAAACCCCCGUCACAUUCCAGCUUCCCUUCUGUGCUCACCACCACCUGGAUGACUUUUUAUGCCAAGUUCCUGAACUCAUACAUCUGUCCUGUGGGGACACCACUGCCAGUGAGUGGCAGAUGACCAUCUCUGCUGUUCUCUUCACCAUUGUGCCAGUGGGGUUAAUCCUGACUUUCUAUGGCUUCAUAGCUCAAGCCUUGGGGAAAAUCCAGUCUGAGGAGGGAAAGCAGAAGGCCGUUGCCACCUACUCCUCCCAGAGGUCGUCAUGUUCUAUGGGACAGUGGCUGUGGUGUACACAGACCCUAAGAACCAACUUGCUUCCAAACAUGGCAAGUUUGUCACCUUCAUCUUCACCAUGGUUACACACUGAUGAACCCCCUCAUCUGCAACCUGCAGAACAAAGAGGUGAAGGGGGCCCUGAAAAGACUCCUGAGGAAGGGGGACAGCGUGAGGGGAAAGAAUAA